CUGGUGUACCACCAAAUCAUCAAAUUUCAGCGUUUUAACUGCAAUGUGUCAGUAGUGGAAACUAAUGUGUACGCUUAUCGUUGGUACCUAAGUAGGGCUCAUCAGGGUAAGGAUCGGCGUGUGCGGAUUUUCUGGAAUAAAGAUUUCAAAUCAACAGUUCAGUAUUGGAAGGAUCGGAAUUACCAGUUCGAUGCAUUAAUUACUGGUGGCAUAAUUAUUCCAAACUCCGCCAAGCAUCUGAAGGAUAUUUUAAAUGAGGAAGCACCAAUAAUAAUGUUAACGAGAGCACAUAUUUACAGCACAAUGUUGCAUUCAAUUGAAGAGGAACUGUUUCGUGGCAAACGCAUGGUACUUGAAGACGGCUUCAAACCGGAGAAGAAGUUUAUUCCUGAAGUUCUCACUGUUCGGGUUUGGUUUCCUGAUUUCUCUCCAAUAAACGUCUUCUCAGCAGCCAGCGGUCAAGAUAAAUCGCCAUGCAUUAAGAAGUGA